CCACCAGCGCACAGAGAAUGUACAGGGAGGCUCUGUUAACUCCACAGGUAGUUCCUACCAGGCCUGUCAUUCGCAGCACCGCCUGCCCAGCCCUGGGGCAGCUGUUGACUUCGAGGCUGCUGUGCUACAGGGGCAGCUCUCUGCCUGACCUCAGCUCCUGACCCUCUGUGGGGAACCUGCAGUGAACUGCACCUCCGGAAACCCUCCUAGAAGAAUUCGCUGGCUCAGACUAUCCAAACCAGCAGGUGUCACCCCCUCCAUGAUGAACCUUUUACUUUAGGCUCAAAGGCUAUUAGGGAACAUUCUGGACACAUCAUCAGUUGCGAUUGCUUCCAGAGCCCUCUUUGCUGACUUGACAAGCUACAGACUAAGUGGUGAUGGCUGAGUCGGGGGAGGAGGCGGGAGCCCGUUGUCCGGAGGGCCUGUGGCCCCUUCCCCAACAGGUGUCACCAAGAGUGACCUACACACGGAUGAGCCCACGGCAGGGUGAGGAUGUCAGCUUCCUCUACCACCCCUGUGCCCACCCCUGGCUGAAGCUCCAGCUUUCCCUCCUGGCCCACGUUUAUAUGGCCCAGCCCUCACUUGCUCCUGACUCUAGCCUCACUCAGGAUCGGCCCCUGGUAUUGGAAGCAUGGGGGGUGGUACUGGAGAUGGCAUGGGUGGAGCCUGCCUGGGUUGCCUACUGGCUGAAGAGAAGGCGGCGGAAGAAGCACAGGAAGAAGGCCCGGGCUUUGGCCUUUACCCUGCGGAGCUGGCAGCCCCUGGGCACAGAGGUGGCAUCUAGAGGGCCCAAGCAGCACUCUCCUAGUGGUGCCAGGAGGCGUGGGCUGCGGGCUGCCCUUGGUCACCAGCCCACUCCCUCAGCCCUGAGGCCCCCCUCUGCUUCCCCAUGUAACUUGGAGACCAGGCAGCCCAUGUUGGGAACCUCAGAUGAGGGAGGUAAUGCCCCAUUUGUGCCCACUGCCCCCCUGCUGCCUGGGGGGCCUGGAGGCAGUGCUAGUUCCAGGUUAGAGACUCAGGUGCUCGAAGGGCAAAGCAGCCCAGGUGGCUGUGCCUGUCCAAGCCAGGCUUUCCCGGCCCCUCGGGCAGCAGCACCUCCUCGGGCAGCCCGAGGCCCCACCCCACGCACGGAGGAGGCUGCCUGGGCGGCCAUGGCCCUGACCUUCCUGUUGGUGCUGCUCACCCUGGCCACACUCUGCACUCGGCUGCACAGAAACUUCCGACGUGGGGAGAGCAUCUACUGGGGCCCCAUAACGGACAGCCAGGACACAGUGGCUGCUGUGCUUAAGAGGAGGCUGCUGAUGCUCCCACGUCGGGUCAAACGCUCACGCCGGAGACCCCUCCUACCACCCACUCCAGACAGUGGCACGGAUGGGGACAGCUCCGACUGACCUGCCCCAGCCCUUCCACUGUGGCAGGUUCUGCUCCUCCUACCCAGGCGACGCCGCGACCUCUGCCACGUGGACCACACGCAGGGCUGCCCCCUGGUGGCCUGAUGGGGCAGUCCUGCCUAAGCAUCUGCAAAGGUUGGCCCUUAAUGUGUUUGAGGGCAGGGGUAACCAAGGGGAGAAAAAGGAGCUAUUUAGCUUCCCUUGCCAAAACUGUAUUUUUAAUUAAAUUAUUUUAGUAGAA